UCAAUUCACAUCCUCUUUCAAGAAGGCCGACACACGCCCAAACUGAGAAAACCCGUUUCUCUUCCCUCUCUCCCCUCCACCGUUCUGUUGUUUAUAAAUCUCUCGCCCCCAUUAGAGUUUCGCCGUUAUAGAGAGAGAAAGAAGAGAGAGAGAGAGAGAAUCAGAUUUUCCCAGAUAUAGAGAGAGAAAGAGUGUAUCUCUAAUGGCGUCGAAGCUCGGCAUGCCCGGUGGCAUACUAGAGCGUCGUGUUCGUCCGAUAUGGGACGCCAUCGAUUCUGGUCAGUUCAAGAAUGCUCUCAGGCUAUCUGCAACUUUGGUCACCAAACACCCUAACUCCCCAUACGCUCUCGCAAUAAAGGCUCUCAUUUUGGAAAGAAUGGAGAAAAAUGAUGAGGCACUGUCUGUUUGUGUAAAUGCUAAAAAACUAUUGUAUACCGACGGCUCCAUAAUUGAUGAUAUCACUCUCAGUACCUUGCAGAUUGUUUUGCAACGACUUGAUCAUUUGGAUAUGGCCACUGGUUGUUAUGAAUAUGUCUGUGGGAAGUUUCCAAACAAUCUGGAAUUAAUGAUUGGCCUUUUCAACUGCUAUGUUCGUGAGUACUCGUUUGUUAAGCAGCAACAGAUAGCUAUUAAAAUGUACAAGAUUUCUUGUGAAGAAAGGUUUUUGCUCUGGGCAGUUUGUAGCAUUCAGUUACAGGGUUUCCCUUCGUUGAGGAUUUCCAUGGCUAGGGUUUCGUUUCUGGUUUUUAGUGGCAAUGGGGGAGAGAAGCUAUUGCUUUUAGCCGAAGGUUUACUUAAUAAGCACAUUGGUUCUCAUAGCCUGCAUGAGCCAGAAGCUCUCAUCGUCUACAUUUCUGUACUUGAACAGCAAUCUAAGUAUGGGGAUGCUCUGGAAAUUCUUUCCGGAAAAUUGGGAUCACUAAUAAUGAUUGAAGUUGAUAAGCUACGGAUACAGGGGAGGCUUCUCGCUCGGGUAGGUGAUUAUGUUGCUGCUGCAGAUGUAUUCCAGAAAGUUCUAGAAUUAUGCCCUGAUGAUUGGGAGUGUUUCAUACAUUACCUAGGCUGUUUGCUGGAGGAUGAUAGUUGCUGGUGCAAGGAUGGCAGCAGUGAUCCAAUUCACGCACCCGGAUCCGUGAAUUGCAAAGUCUUGCACUUAACACAUGAUGUGUUUGAUUCACGUAUAUCAAGUGCAUCAGCUUUUGUACGUGAAUUACUGGAAGAAGCCAAUAGCAAUUCUAUAAGAUGCCCAUACUUGGCAAAUCUUGAAAUUGAAAGGAGGAAACUCUUAUACCGAAAGGGGGAAGAGGAAAAGUUAAUAGAGGCUCUUAUGGAAUAUUUCAUCAGGUUUGGUCACUUGGCUUGCUUCUCUUCUGAUGUCGAGAUGUUCCUUCAUGAUUUGACUCAUGAGAAAAAGAAAUGGUUUUUGAAGAAAAUUGGAGAGAUUGAACCCCAUAGCUCAGAGCCAACACAAAUACUUGGGCAGUUCAUAACCGUCCUUAAAAUUCAAGAACUGGUCGGCAACAUGUUCACUAUCCCUGCUGAUGAACUUGAAGGCUUUGCUAUACUAGUGGCGAAGAUGUACUGUAAGAACCUUCCUCUUUCCAAGGACUUGGAUGUACAAGAGAGUAUGCAUGGUGAAGAGCUUCUCUCUAUGGCCUGCAAUGUGCUGGUCCAGUUAUUCUGGCGUACUAGGCAUCUCGGUUAUUUGCUGGAGUCAAUACUGGUUCUGGAGUUUGGUUUGACCAUCCGAAGAUAUGUAUGGCAGUACAAGAUCUUGUUGUUGCAUUUAUAUUCGUACUGGGGCGCCCUUUCAUUAGCAUAUGAACGAUAUAAAUCUUUGGAGGUGAAGAAUAUCUUGCUGGAGACUGUUUCACACCACAUGUUACCCCAGAUGUUUGUAUCUCCACUUUGGAUCGAUUUAAAUGAUUUUUUAAAGGAUUAUCUAAAAUUCAUGGACGGCCACUUAAGAGAAUCUGCGGAUCUUACAUUUCUUGCAUAUCGCCAUCGAAAUUACUCAAAAGCGAUUGAGUUUGUUCAAUUCAAAGAACGAUUGCAGCGCUCAAGUCAAUAUUUGAUCGCAAAGAUUGAAGCACCCAUUCUACAGCUAAAGCAGAAUGCAGAUAGCAUCAAAGAAGAAGAACGUGUUCUUGAAAGCUUAAAAUGUGGAAUGGACUUUGUUGAACUCUCAAAUGAGAUUCGAAGCAAUUCUCUGACCUUCAAUGAAGAUUUGCAGCUACGACCUUGGUGGACACCAACUUACGAUAAAAAUUAUCUUUUAGGACCUUUUGAAGGAGUAUCCUACUGUCCUAGGGAAAAUUCGCAACAUCAUAUUAAACAAAUGGAAGCGAAUGUACCAAAAGCCAUUGAGCGAAGAUCUCUACUUCCUCGAUUGAUCUAUCUGUCUAUUCAGUGUGCUUCAUCAUCACUCAAGGAAAAAAUUGAAGCCAAUGGUUCUAUAUUUGACCCCAAGGUUACCUUAGAGCUGAAGAUUUUACUUGAGCGUUAUGCAAAGAUGUUGGGAUAUCCUUUUCAAGAUGCAAUAGAAUUGGUUUUUGGGGUUUCAAGUGGCCAGGAUUCUUCAGAGGUUUUGAAUUCGGAACUGAUCGACUGGAUGAAUUUUGCUGUGUUUUAUAAUGCAUGGAACCUGACUUCUCGUGAGCCACCUGAUAGUGAUAAUGCAUAUAGGCCUGGUACCUGGCACGUUGUGAAUUAUUUGCUAGAGAAAUAUAUCAUUGAGAAGGUCAGAUCCAUAGGACUGUUGGUUUCUUCUCCUGGCAGUGAUCUUCCUAUUCUGGUGCAACUGGUUACAGAAUCAUUGGCUUGGCAUGUUCUCAUAAUCCAGUCUUGUCUCCGGCCGUCUGUUCCACCAGGAAAGAAGAAGAAAAAAGGUGGAUCUGUGGAACGGUCAAACACUGAACUGUAUAAUGAAAUUUCGGAGUCGAUCCAGACUCAAUGUAGUAUACUGGAAGAGGUUACAAAGUGGUUGAGAGAACAAAUCAACAGGCCAGUGGAUGGAGAUUUGGAGAUGUUGCUUUCCACUAUCAAGGGAAAUGAAGGGCCUGGUAAGGUUUUCCAAGUUUUAAUAUCUAACUUUUCAACCACGAAGGAAAUGGAAGAAGUUGGUGAUCGGAUUUACCAAGCAGUGAAUUCUUUUAAUUCUGAUGAUAUUGUGAGGAAGAUUGUAACUGGGCAGCAUACGGUACUGUCUGAAUUUCUCAAGAUUUGCGAUUCAAAGAUUAAAUCAUUGCAAGCUUUGAAACUGCCUGUACAGCGUUAGGUUUCAAAGAUACAAUUGGUGGCAACACAGUUUUGCACAUUUGAUUUGUUCUGAUGCUGCACCUUAGGGAUAUGUGAAAUCCGGACCAAGUGUUUUUUGCUACCGAAUCCACUAAAAGCAAUCUGAGAGGGAACACCGUGUUCUGUUCUUAAUCUCCUUUUGGAGAAAUUCUUGUUAGGUUGGUUAGAGCAAUGGUGUUUGUGCUGCACUUGCCAUUCUGUUAACUCUUCCUGUAGAAUCAGUCUCGUCUGUUCAGAAGUGUACACUAAACAAACUUGACAGAAUGCCUUUGUUGAGCAUGUAACUUCAAUUCUUUGAGAUUUUUUUGUUUUGUUUUGGAUGUAUAAUUCAUUUUACUGGCACUCUGCUCUUAUAAAUGUGUUUGAAUAUAUGUUGGUCAACACUUUUUUGAGGAUGUUGACAAUAAGAUUAGGUUUUGUAA